UGUGUAUAAAUAGUACGCGUACGUUAAGGUUACGCGCAUAACCAUCAUGUGACAGAAAAGCAGACACCUUCCGCAAUCAAUUCCAGAACUCUGGAAGCUACAAAAUCACUUUAUUCAAAAGAACUUGUUAAUUAGAAAAUAUGGGAGCUUCAUGGGCACCUAUUCUAUUCUUUACAGUUAUAUGGGGAGCCGUUGGUAUCGUACUGCCAUUUUUCGUACCCAAAGGCCCGAAUAAAGGAAUCUUGCAAGUUAUUUUAAUGCUAACAGCUUUUACCUGUUGGCUAUUCUGGCUUUGCUGUUAUAUGGCACAAAUGAAUCCGCUAAUAGGACCAGCUUUAAAAAAUAAUACUAUAUUAUUAAUGGGAAGAGAAUGGCAAGAACAUAAUCCAUUUUUGUGAAAGCCAAAUCAUCAGCAAAUAAUCUUGUACAUAAAUAUAUAAACAAUGCCGAUAAAUCUUCAGACUAUGAUUUGUACACUAUGAUAUAUUUAAAUCGUUCCAGCAUGUUAUACAGUAUAUGGAUUGCUAUUUUAUAAUUAUAGAAAGAAAUGUUCGAUUAACGUUAAUUUAAAAUUAAUCAUAACAC